AUGGUACUAGAUGCAGAAGUCAUUGUUAUUCUAAAGCUACCUUAUCAUUUUAUCUCUGCCGUACCUCUGUCGCGCCGCCUUUUCUCCGGUCACCGAAUAUUUCCAAAUGCGGGAUUUCAGUUGAUAGAUCCUUCUAUACUAGUCGAAGAAGAGACGACCCCAAAUUACAAAGCUUGGAAAUACUAUCCGGCUUCUAUAGGGGAAGUACUAUGCAAGAGAUAUCAAAUUGUGGGUAAACUAGGCUAUGGCUCAAACUCUACAGUCUGGCUAUGCCGUGAUAUGAGAGUAAAUCAAUACAUCGCUUUGAAAAUAUAUGUUGUUAAUGACUCGAUGGUGCAUCGAGAGCUCCCGAUUUACCACCACAUCAAUCAGGUCAGGUCGGAUCAUCCUGGCAGGGAAUGCAUUCGGAAGUUAAUCGAUUCGUUUGAAAUUAUUGGACCACAUGGUCGACAUCGUUGUCUUGUUCACCAGCCACUUGGAAUGAGCCUCGAAGAAUUGAAGAUGUAUACACGCGACAAAGUAUUUAGCAAGGAUUUAUUGAAGAUUGCGCUUCGGGAACUGUUGAUUGCGCUCGACUUUCUCCAUAGCGAAGCCCAGGUGAUACAUACUGAGCACCCGGUACCCCGCAAGAUUGCUGAGGAUCGGUCUCUUUAUGCUUCGCGCCCAUUUCUGCUCACAUCUGGGAUGCCAGUUCUCUGCGACCUUAGUGAAGCGCGGUUCGGGGCGGAGGAAAACCAAGGGUAUAUUAUGCCAGAGCUCUUUAGGGCGCCAGAAGUUAUCUUAGGUAUGAAAUGGACUUAUAGUGUUGAUAUUUGGAAUGUUGGUCUGAUGGUUUGGGAUCUGUUCGAGAAGAGUCACCUAUUUCCAGGCAUAAAACCGGAUCAAACGUAUGAUGAAGUGCACCGUCUUGCAGAAAUGGUAGCAAUAUUGGGGCCUCCUCCACUUAAAUUCCUCGAGCGGAGCGACAUUAGCCUUCGCUUUUGGGAUGAGAAUGGUAAUUGGAGAGGGCUUAUGCCAAUCCCUGAUAUGAACCUUGAGGAUCUUGAACUUCGACUAUCGGGUGAAGAUAAGAGAGGCUUUCUCCAAUUUCUACGAAAAAUGCUCUGUUGGCUGCCAGAGGAACGAAUGACAGCAGUUGACCUUGUUUAUGACCCGUGGCUAAUGGAAGGGCUUUUUGACCCCUAA